GCAGAGCCCCAAUCCCUGCAAGGGAGCGGAUGCUGCAAUUACCUGAAAGCAUGAAACCCUGCUUCCCACCUGACUGAGUCAGCUGAAAACAAAACACUUCUCCACUGCCACACACUCCCACGGACAGCCAAGCCACUAAUCAGAGUCCCGGAGCCGCCAGCCGAGAAGGCACAGCCAGUACUGCUCCAGACCAGCGUCGGGCAGGGAAGGGAGAUCCCACCGGCUGCCCCUGGCCUGUUCCGGCAAGCUGGCCCAGCCUGCCAGGUGUCUUCUGGGACACCACCAUGCUGCCCUGCCUCCGGCUCCAGUAAGUGCUGCUCCGGGUUUUUUCCCACUGCUCUAUCAAGUAACUGGGCCGCCCCUGCUCUCCGAGACACUUGCCAGGAGCCCCAGGCUCUCCAGGAGAGACAUGCCCCCUGCUCUGGGCCUUGUCCUACCCCCAGGGACGUGGACCAGAGGGCUGUGCUGAGAGGACCCCAGAGGCCUCUGCCCCUGACCCACGGAGGCUGACACCCUGAAUCAAGAUCACCAGCUCCAGCAGGGACCAGAUGGUCACUGGCUGCUCUUGACCAGCUAGCUGCUGGGCCUCUGAGGCUAGGCUGUCUGUCAGCUGGCCCCACCCCGGACCCCAUGGAGACCUGGCGGAAGGGCUCCUUCCGCAAUGCCUUCUUCUUUAAGCGGCUGAGCCUGGGACGGCCAAAGCGACUCAGGCGACAGGGCAGCGUGUUGAGCCAGGCCAGCACAGCUGGCGGGGACCACGAGGAGUACAGCAACCGAGAGGUCAUCCGGGAGCUGCGAGGGCGGCCAGACGGCCGGCGCCUGCCACUGUGGGGGGAUGAGCAGCCCAGGGCCACCCUGCUGGCCCCACCCAAGCCCCCGCGCCUCUACAGAGAGAGCUCCAGCUGCCCCAACAUCCUGGAACCCUCUGCUGCCUACCAUGCCGCCUACUCAGCCACCCUGCCCACAGCGCUGUCCCUGGGGGGGGCCCUCCACCAGUACUCAGAGGAGGACCUUCUGGACCCUCCCCGCUUCCAGGAGACACCUGCUCCGGACCUCAGCGACCCCUUCUUCUCCUUCAAAGUGGACCUGGGGGUUCCCCUUCUCGAGGAAGUUCUGCAGAUACUGAGGGAGCAGUUUCCCAGUGAGCCCCACUUCUGACAGUGGGGCGGGGGAAAGCCUGCAGGCCCAGUGGGCGUGGGGCUGGAGAAGGCCGGAGGACCGGAGGUGCAGAGGUCAGCUGGCAGUGCUGUGAUGGGCGUUGCCUGGCGGAGCCCUGGAGGAAGCUGGCCAGGGUGGGAGCGGGACACCGACCCUGCCGCGGAGGAGACGAGAGGAUGGCAGAGGGGGACAGAGGGGUGGCGGGGAGGACGCAGACAGUGCUGCUGUUGGCAGACAAG